AUGAAUUCGGCGAACGGCACUGACGCACUGGAGGAAAAGCCCUUCAGCUCCGGCACUUACAAAGUGUUGGCGGUCAUUGUGGGCACGAUGGGUGCCGUGGGCUUCUGCAAUAACCUGCUGAUGCUGGUGCUUUAUUGCAAAUUUCAGAGGCUUAGGAGCCCUUCCAACCUCUUCCUCGUGAACAUCAGCAUCAGUGACUUGCUGCUGUCUGUCUUCGGAGUUUUCUUUACCUUGAUCUCCUGUGUAAAAGAGCGAUGGAUUUGGGAUAACGGUGCUUGUGUCUGGGAUGGUUUCAGCAGCAGUCUGUUUGGAAUUUCAUCAAUAAUAUCACUGACUGUCUUGGCAUAUGAGCGUUUCCUCCGGAUGGUGAAUGCGACAGCAAUUGAUUUCUCCUGGGCUUGGCGGGCCAUCACCUACAUCUGGCUUUACUCACUGGCCUGGAGCGGAGCGCCAUUAAUUGGCUGGAACAGAUAUACUCUGGAGUUGCAUAGACUAGGCUGCUCAGUGAACUGGGAUGCGAGAAACCCCAGUGACACCUCAUUUAUCCUCUUUUUAUUCCUGGGAUGCCUGCUUGUCCCUCUAGGUGUCAUAACUUACUGUUAUGGGAAUAUUUUGUAUACAUUAAGAAUGCUUCGAAACAUUCAAGACCUUCAGAUGGCCCGAUUUGCAAGGAUCUUAACAUAUGAGAAGAAUAUGUCAAAGAUGUGCUUCUUCAUGAUCUCUGUGGCCUUCUCUUGUUUGCUGCCAUAUGCCGUGACGUCCUUUAUGGUGGUUUAUGGUUACACUGAUGUAAUUACCCCCUCUGUAACCAUCAUAGUUUCUCUUCUUGCCAAAUCAAGCACAACAUCUAAUCCCAUCAUUUAUACCUUCAUGAGCAGAAAGUAUCGAUGGUGCCUAAAGCAGUUCCUUUGCUCUCGCGUUAUGAGGAUCAAGUGGGCAAUUAAAGAUCGCACUGUUAGAGUCAGAAGUGAAAAGCCAAUCAAACCUAUUGUCAUUUCUGAAAAGGUUGCAGACAGACCAAAAAAGAGAGUGACUUUUAGUUCAUCUUCGAUAAUAUUCAUCAUAGCAAAUGAUGAAACUCAGGAUAUUGGUAGCACUGCUGAACUCAAUGCUACAAACCCAAAUGUUGUUCAGGUGAGGCCUCUGAGAUCAGAAAGAGCAUGAAGAGGAAAACUAUAUUUUGCAAUGAUAUGGGAGAGUUGAUCAUGCCACGGUUCCUAUUAGACUGAGACAUUGCACCACCACGAUUCCUGCAGCACCUUGCACUUGAGCCUUUAGGAAAAUUGAUAUUAAACUGUUAUUUAUAAUUUUAGCAGUUUGUGUUUUAUUUAUAAACACAGUGUCAAAUUUUAAAUGUUACAGGACAUUUAGUCAGAUUUAAUAUCACUGGCAUAUAUUGUGAAAUUUGUUAACUUUAUGGCAGCAGUACAAUGAAAUACAUGACGAAUAGGGAAAAAUUGAGUUGCAUUAAGUAUAUGUAUGUCUUUUAAAUAGUUAAGUUAAAAUACAUAGUGCAAAAACAGAAAUAAAGUAGUGAAGUAGUGUUCAUGGGUUCAAUAUCCAUUCAGAAAUCAGAAGGCAGAGAGGAAGAGGCUGUCCCUCAAUUGCUGAAUGUGUGGCUUCAGUCCUUGGUUCCUCCUUCCCAAUGAUACAGUGUGAAGAGGGUGUGUCCUGGCUGGUGGGGAUCCUUAAUGAUAGACACUGCCUUCCUAAAGCACUGUCCCUCGAAGAUGUCUUGGGUA